CUGAGGUUUUUUUUUUUUUUUUUUUUUUUUUUUUUUUUUGAAUAUGUCGAUAUUAAGCUACAUAGGCGCAAGGAGGGGCGGUCGCCCCUCCUCUCGCCGGAAAUGAUGCCCAGCAGCAACUUGCUGCCCCCUUUAGAUCGUCGGAAAACCUGCAAACCAUCCCUUUUCCUUCCUGCUGCUGCGCUGCGGGUCUGUUCUUUUGAACCUGGGUUUAUGAAAAAGAAAUCUUAAGCAGAACGGCAUCGUUUCGGCGUACUAAAAGAAUAGUAAAAAGCUAAAAACGGCGCCGUGUGAUCAUUGAAAGUUAAAAAGAUAAGGGGAGGGGACCACCUUCCAUUCGUCCGUGUCCCCUUCCAUUCCAGCUUCAAGCCUUCAAGCCUUAGCCAGCGGCUUCCACCUUCCAUUCCAAGGAGCCUCGAAGCCAACAUCUUCCAAGCCAACUUCCAUAGCCACUUUUAAUGAAUCUUCAAAACGAUGAUGUUUCGAUAAGAAUUACGCACUGCGGAAUUUGUUAUGCUGAUGUGGUUUUUCCAAGGAACAAGCAUGGCAACGCCAUGUAUCCAAUGGUGCCUGGACAUGAGAUUGCUGGCAUUGUUCAAGAGGUUGGUCCAAAUGUUCACGGCUUCAAAGUUGGUGAUCAUGUUGGAGUGGGAACUUUUGUUAAUUCUUGUAGAGAUUGCGACUAUUGUAGAGAUGGCAUAGAGAUUUGCUGUGAAAAGGGAGCAAUUUUGACUUAUAACCAUGUUGAUGCUGAUGGCACGAUUACAAAAGGAGGGUUUUCCAGUUACAUUGUUGCUCAUGAAAGGUACUGCUUCAAGAUACCAGAGGGCUACCCCUUGGCUUCUGCAGCACCUCUGCUUUGUGCCGGCAUUACUGUUUACUCUCCAAUGAUCCGCCAUAAAAUGAACCAGGACGGUAAAUCACUAGGUGUGAUUGGCCUUGGUGGUCUCGGACACUUGGCAGUGAAAUUUGGGAAGGCUUUUGGACUAAACGUGACAGUUUUCAGCACAAGCUUAUCAAAGAAGGAGGAAGCUCUAAGUCUGCUUGGUGCAGACAAUUUCGUUGUCUCAUCCAACCAAGAGGAAAUGACGGCCCUGGCUAAGUCGCUUGACUUCAUCAUCGACACAGCAUCUGGUGAUCAUCCAUUUGAUUUGUAUAUGUCUCUGCUGAAGACUGCUGGUGUUCUAGUCUUGGUUGGGGUGCCAAGUGAAGUUAAAUUAAGUCCCAUGAGCUUGAUUAUUGGUAUGAAGUCAAUUUCUGGUAGCGGAACGGGAGGUACAAAACAGACGCAGGAAAUGUUAGACUUUUGUGCUGCUCACAAAAUUUAUCCAAACAUAGAAAUAGUUCCAAUUCAGUAUGUGAAUGAAGCUCUUGAGAGGCUGAUCAAGAGGGAUGUGAAGUACCGUUUUGUUAUAGAUGUGGAGAACUCCCUAAAAUGAUGAGGAAUCGAUAUUUCUCUUUGAAUUCAUUGAGAACUUGGUAUGAGGAUGAAGAAGUUGGUAUGCAACAUGGUUGCGGUUAAUUUUUCGGUUUUUUUUCUUUUUUUUUUUUUUUUUGCUAAGAAGCGAAUGUUGUCCUACUUUGAUAUUUGUUAUAGGUGGAAGUGUUUGUACUCAAUUUUUAAUUAACAUGUGAUGUGAGUGAGUUAGAACUUUAAAGAAUUAUAUGAAAUAAAUAAAUGAGUUUAGCCAUA